CGAGUGCUCUGAUAUGCAAUAAAUGUUUAUACUGGACAUCACAGCCAAAAGAACAACAAAAAUGUACUAAUGACACAUCCAUCUGUCAAUCCAAUUAUUGUUUAACAUCAUCUGUUAUCUACCCAAAUGGCACAGAAGUUGUUAGAAGAAGCUGUGACGAAGCGGAGCUUUGCCAGGAUCCUGAAAAAGGGUGUAACCGUGCAACAACAAAAUCGUGUGCUUUUGAUUGUUGUAAUACAUAUAAUUGCAACAAUUAUACCCCCAGCAGUGCAAGUGGUGCCCCUAGCAGUACAACUGGUGUCAUGGUGACCAAGUUUACUCUUUCCUUGAUGGUGAUUGUUGGUUUUAUUUUUGCUUGA